AGACGAGCGAGCUUUGGCCUUUGAUUAGCGGAGGAACUUUCUUUUUGCAGUGUCGAGCUUAGAAGGGAAAACGAACGAAGAGAAUGGACAUAGCUCUCUUCUCUCCAUCUUCACUCUUCGCCGACGACGCCGACGACGAAGAAGUCUCUGUUGAUGAGGACCAAACAGAGAUCCAUCAGAGCUAUGUGGAGAGGAAGCACCAGUUUUCUGGCAUUGAGUUGCUUAUUCGAGAAUUUUCCUUUCACCAGUUGAAUGCUAACUUACUCUGGCCGGGUACAUUUGCAUUUUCAGAAUGGCUAGUUCAACAUCAAUCAUGGAUAGAUGGUCGGCGUUGCCUUGAACUGGGCAGUGGGACUGGAGCUUUGGCUAUUUUUCUCCGAAAAUCAUUUAAUCUUGACAUAACAACAUCAGACUAUGAUGAUCAGGAAAUUGAAGAGAACAUAGCUCAUAACUGCCAGGCAAAUGGAAUUACACCUGUCCUUCCUCAUAUAAAGCAUUCUUGGGGAGACCCCUUUCCAACUGCUGACCCAGACUGGGACCUGGUCAUCGCAAGUGAUAUCCUGUUGUAUGUCAAACAGUACCCUAACUUGAUAAAGUCUCUCUCUUAUCUCCUAAAAUCUUACAAGCCUAAAGAAGACAAAGCUGUUUGUCCUGUGGGAAAUGACCAGAAUAGUGGUAACGAAAGCGCAUGGGGUUGCCUGCACCAGCAUUUCUAAUGAGCUGGAGACGCAGAAUUGGGAAGGAGGAUGAAUCACUCUUCUUCUCCGGUUGUGAGGAUGCUGGUCUCGAGGUGGAGCACAUCGGAUCCCGUGUGUAUUGCAUCAAAUUAAGAAAAAAUAUUGUCACUAUCCCCCAAGAGAGUUGAUGAUUGAAGCUGGUAUACAAUUAUGAAUUGCAGUUUCUUAUUUGCAGUCUAUAUCAGGAUUCAGGACCAUGGUCAUAUAAAUCAAAGUGGGCAACCUAGAAUGGUUGUUUUAACAGUUUGGAAUGCAAGAUGUAAUGCUUCUCUUGAGAUGGUACUAAUUUUGCCUCAAUGAUGCAAUUGAUGAAUUACUUUUCUGUCAGCUCUUGAAAGUUUGUAACAUUUCUUAGAAAAAAACCCUUCUGAAUGGAUUAAAUACAAAUUCUAUGAAGCUACCUUCACCCA